UUCUUUCUUUCUCUUCUACCUCUGUCGCUCGUUACCAUAUAUAAAUCACUGUCGAUCCGUCGCUUCGUCCGACUGACCGGCAGGCAAUUACCAUGCCUCAUUCGACUACCUCCGGCUCCUAUUCCCGAGAGUCUUCCGUCCCACGAUCGAAUCCUAAGAGCCUGUCAGCGUUGGGAGAUGUAGAUGACGAUACGGACUCGGGCCUCGAGAAAUUCCCUGAUCACAUCGAUGCCCCUUCUAUGCGCAAUUAUGCCUCGCGGUCGUACAGCCCCGGCGGACUCAAUGGCUAUGGCAUAGGUCUGAAUGGUAGCGCCCGCCUCAACGGAGACCGUUGGAUGCCCUCGCCAGCCAGAGGUGUAAGAUGGGGUCCAUUGGGCGCUUCGUCGCCUUUACCCUCUCGAGGAGGACAUGGUCGACAGAAAAGUAUUAGCGAGGCCUUUCGGACUAUCAGGAAUCGAAAUGGAAGCGUCAGCCAAAAUGCCCACGAGAUAGCUGAUGCCCUGAAAGCGCCUGUCUCUGCUAAGCUUAUUGCCCUAUGUAUCAUGUGGUACAUGUCUUCUGCCCUGACCAACACUUCUUCCAAGUCCAUCCUAAAUGCCUUCAAUAAACCUGCCACACUCACGAUGAUACAAUUCUUCCUAGUAGCAUUCUACUGCAUAACGUCCUCAUGGCUGGCAAGCGUGUUUCCAAAGUUGCGUACGUCGAUACCUGCCCUAAAAAAUCCCAUACGGGCUCCAUCUCGGGAUGUCAUAAACUCUACCUUGCCUCUGGCUGUGUUUCAAGUCGGUGGUCAUCUUUUCAGCUCUACGGCGACGAGUAAGAUCCCCGUAUCCAUGGUCCAUACCGUUAAGGGCCUGUCGCCACUCUUUACCGUGUUCGCCUACCGCUACUUUUUCGACAUUCGAUACCCGAGAGCAACAUAUUACUCACUCAUACCCCUCACACUUGGUGUAACAUUGGCCUGCUCAUCAAAUCACACUUUCAAGGGGGAGAUAGUUGGCAUCCUCCAUGCUUUGGCCGCUACUAUCAUAUUUGUCACUCAAAACAUAUACUCCAAGAGAUUGUUUAACGAAGCCGCCAGGGCAGAGGCGCAACGCGAAGAGGCUAAAUCCCGCAAAUUGGACAAGUUGAACUUGCUAUGUUACUCAUCUGGACUUGCAUUCUUGCUUACCUCUCCCAUCUGGUUUUGGAGUGAAGGCGUGGGCUUGAUUCGUGAUUUUGUCCAGGAUGGAUCACUAGAUCUGUCGGCCAAGCCCAACGCCUUCGACCACGGCCGCUUGGCCCUCGAAUUCCUCUUCAAUGGAACAUUCCAUUUUGGACAGAAUAUUCUUGCCUUUGUCCUACUAUCGCUCGUGUCUCCAGUCACUUACUCGGUUGCGUCUUUAAUCAAACGGGUGUGGGUCAUCGUAGUGGCAAUUUUAUGGUUUGGAAACUCAACAACCCCAAUCCAGGCGGUGGGGAUUGCACUUACAUUUCUUGGGCUAUAUCUGUACGAUCGGACAAGCGAUAGCAACAAGGCAGAUCGUCGAGCGCAACUUCUCAGCCAGACGUCGGCUGGGAACGCCCCGCUGCUGCCACUGAACACAGUAUCUGGAACAUCAGUGCCAGGCGAACGAGGGCCCAUCUACGACAGUCCUAUGUCUAUGUCCGGUGGGAAGUUGCCGCAUCCCUUUGCCAAUGGACAUGCUUCCGCCUCCGGUACAGUCGAAGAUCUUAAGAAGAGCGACGAAAAUGGUAGAACCCGACAGCGAGGAAGCAGUAAUGCUGCUUGGCUGGCACCUGGCACCAAACAAGAAGAAACCUGGAUCACUGGAGACGGUAUCAAGGCGGCCUCGUGAUAUUGCAUCGUAUCGAAAUAAAGCCAGAGCGACGGCAGGAGUGUGAGGGAGGCUGGCCAGCCAGCUGUUAUGUAUUAUGCAUGGACGAUUUAAAUCAUAGAAUGUCAUGAUGAGUGGGAGUUAGACAAUGCAGGGCAACUGGUUCUUAUCACACAGUCCACUACUGGUACUUGAAG